AUGUCUACUUCCUCCGAGCUUGACCGUUGGCCGACGUAUGCCAAGCACGAGGUCCUGCCUGUUCCUUCUGAUCCCGAGGGCCAUGUAGCGUCGGUCACCGCCAUUGCGUUCAGUCGCCGUGGAGACUUCAUAGCUAUCGCCAGUGUUCGCCAUACUACUCAGGGAGAUAACGGGCUGAUCCAGGUCUACGCCAUGGACGAUGUUCUGUCUAUCAAGAGAGCCGUCAAUAUACCCGCGCAUCCAACCGCUCUAGUCUGGUACAAGAGCGUACUCAUCAUCGGAGAUCGUACUGGGGAUGUGACUCUGAUCGACUGCGAUUAUCUGGAACCCGAGGCAGAGCACAAUCAGGAGAAUUGGGCGGGUGGAGAGAUACGAGCGCUUGCAGUCGCUGACAACUACGUUGCCUUGGGUACUCCGGCAUGGGUCCAGAUUGCCAAGUUAAGGGCUCGUUCAUGGUAUAGAGCAGGCGCUUGGUACGAUAGACGAGUCGUGCAGUUCCCCAGCUCAGCGGCAUCGGCUUUGAGGGUUGAGCAACAUAGCCCUGUCGCUCUGGACUUCACCAGUGAUUGUAGCAUUCUCGUAGUCACAUACGAGCGGGACGGGAUCGUCGGCUCGUCUGCCCUAUCACCACGGGCUUCUGUUCUAGCGGCCACGAACCUGAGUGGCGGUAUCGACAUGUACACAUUGGACGGACAAAACCCCAAACACGACCGUACACUUCCCCUGAAGAGAACGGGCGUCAACCGAGCAAUCCCCAUUGUCUUCAUACACGAUGGCGCUGGUAUUCUUGUCGGUAGCACACACGGUGUUGCGCGCGUACUCACUUCACGAGGAAACCUCAUGCAGUAUUUUGCCGUAGAUGCCGAGCAAAACCUCGUGCAGGAAGUCGCAUACGCAGUAUCAGGUGAACGGCACUAUAUGGCCUUCGGGACCGCAGAUAGCUCCGGCGCCAACGUUGUUGCGAUCUAUCGCUCUCAUGAGACGUCGCUGCGUAUCACCGGCCGCAAGAUCAAGGAAACCGUCAUUUCUGCUCUAUCUAUUAUGACUGUGCUCUUUCUGCUCCUGGUGGUCUUCCUAGGAACGCUGUCGCUUUGGAGAUGGUAUAGUGGAGAUGGUGGGCGCGACACCUGGGUGCCCAUGAUCAGUGUUCAAUCACGCGACGGAGGUGUUUUGGCGCAGGAUAUACCUUCCUUGGACGACUACCUCGUAAUGGGUCUGGCGAAGGGCGACCAUAUACUUGACGAAGCGAUGGCGUUUGUUGAUGGGUUUGAUCCAGAUGCGCAAUUCGGAGAGAGCGAAUCGCAAGGUCCUUGGUCUUCUGCUGUGGCGUCUAUGCUCCGAACCGUUAAUGUAUAG